GGACGACGGCGGAGCUAAAGCGGCGGCUGAAGCAGCUUCAUUGUUGUGAAGAGUCUUAAAGGGGCCGCAUCACCCGGCCGGCCCGGCGCGGGUCGGGGGUGGGUGCGGUAGGGGUCCCGGGGCGGCCGAGCGCAGAGGACGGACGGGAAGGAGGGCAGGGGGCGCGGGAGCCGGCGAAGCGGAGCGGGCAUCGGACCGAGCCCCCCAAAGAGGCCCCGCCCCGGCCCUGGCCCCGGCCGGGCCGGAUGGAACCCCCCGCGGCCAAGCGGAGCCGGGGCUGCCCCGCGGGACCCGAGGAGCGCGAUGCCGGGGCCGGGGCCGCGCGUGGCCGGGGCCGGCCCGAGGCGCUGCUGGACCUCAGCGCCAAGCGGGUAGCCGAGAGCUGGGCCUUCGAGCAGGUGGAGGAGCGGUUCUCCCGGGUGCCUGAGCCCGUCCAGAAGCGCAUCGUGUUUUGGUCGUUUCCACGCAGUGAACGGGAAAUAUGUAUGUACUCGUCGCUGGGUUACCCGCCCCCAGAGGGCGAGCACGAUGCCCGGGUGCCCUUUACCCGCGGGCUGCACCUGCUCCAGAGCGGGGCCGUGGACCGCGUGUUGCAAGUGGGAUUCCACCUGAGCGGAAACAUCCGCGAGCCAGGGAGUCCUGGAGAGCCCGAGCGCCUCUACCACGUCUCCAUCAGCUUUGAUCGCUGCAAGAUCACGUCCGUGAGCUGCGGCUGUGACAACCGCGACCUCUUCUACUGUGCCCACGUGGUGGCCCUGUCCCUGUACCGCAUUCGGCACGCCCACCAGGUGGAGCUGCGGCUGCCCAUCUCUGAGACGCUCUCCCAGAUGAACCGGGACCAGCUGCAGAAGUUCGUGCAGUACCUCAUCAGCGCCCACCACACUGAGGUGCUGCCCACUGCUCAGCGCUUGGCUGAUGAGAUCCUCCUGCUGGGCUCCGAGAUCAACUUGGUGAAUGGUGCCCCAGACCCCACCGCCGGCGCAGGAAUCGAGGACGCCAACUGCUGGCACCUGGACGAGGAGCAGAUCCAGGAGCAGGUGAAGCAGCUACUGUCCAAUGGCGGCUACUACGGGGCCAGCCAGCAGCUGCGCUCCAUGUUCAGCAAGGUGCGGGAGAUGCUGCGAAUGCGGGACUCCAACGGGGCGCGCAUGCUGAUUCUCAUGACCGAGCAGUUCCUGCAGGACCCGCGCCUGGCCCUGUGGCGGCAGCAGGGCGCGGGCAUGACGGACAAGUGCCGGCAGCUCUGGGAUGAGCUGGGGGCCCUGUGGGUUUGCGUCGUCCUGAGCCCCCACUGCAAACCAGAGGAAAGGGCAGGCUGGCUCCAGCUACUCAGCAGGUGGGACAAGCUCGACGUGUGCCCACUGGAAGAGGGCAACUACUCCUUCGAUGGCCCCAGCCUGCAGCCCACCAUGGCCCCCGCCCCAGGCUCAGAGGAAGAGGAAGAGGUGGCAGCCACAAGUCCCCGCCACACGGUAUUUGGCCGCGCCUUGCUGGCUGGAGAGCUACACUGGAAUGACGCCUACCUGCAGAGGAUCCUGGCCAGUGACUCCUACGGGCCCAGCCUCACAGGCAGCAUGGGUGGGGACAAACCGACUUUCGACCCCCAGGGCCGCCCACUGUGGCUGGGAGAACCUUUCCCCACUGCCUGUGCCCGUGUGGACACCCUGCGUGCCCACGGAUACCCCCGCCAGGCCCUGCGACUGGCAAGUGCCAUCAUCAACACACUCCGGCUGCAGCAGCGGCAUCAGCUAGAGAGCUACAAGCAGCAGAAAAAAGAGCUGCUCCAGAAGGGCUCCACCUGCAUCACCAACACCGAAGGAUGGGUGGGGCACCCCCUGGACCCCAUUGGCUGCCUCUGCAGGGCGCUCCUGGAGGCCUGUCGUCUGGAGGAGGAGACACUUACCCUUUACCCAGACUCAGGCCCCGAGAAGCGGAAGGUGGCCUACCAGCACGUGCCUGUGCCCGGGAGCCCUGGGGAGUCCUACUUGGUGCUGGCGCUGGAGGUGGCACUGCUGGGGCUGGGGCAGCAGCGGGCCCUGCCGGAGGGGCUGUACGCCCAGGACAAGGUGGUGCGCAACGAGGAGCAGCUGCUGGCCCUGCUGGAGGAGGUGGAGUUGGAUGAGCGGUUGGUGCAGGUGCUGCGCAAGCAGGCGGGGCUGCUGCUGGAAGGGGGUCCCUUCAGUGGCUUUGGGGAGGUGCUGUUCCGGGAGAGCGUGCCCAUGCACACCUGUGCCCGCUACCUGUUCACCGCACUGCUGCCUCAUGACCCGGACCUGGCCUAUCGCCUCGCGCUGCGAGCUAUGAGGCUGCCCGUACUGGAGACAGCAUUUCCUGCUGGAGAACCUCAUCCCAGCCCGCUGGACUCCAUCAUGAGCAACCACUUCCCCCGCUGGUUCAUCCUUGGCCACCUGGAGACCCGCCAGUGUGAACUGGCUUCCACCAUGUUGACGGCCGCCAAGGGAGACCCCAAGUGGCUGCACACGGUACUGGGCUCCAUCCAGCAGAACAUCCACUCUCCGGCCCUGCUCUUUAAGCUGGCGCAGGACGCCUGCAAGACAGCCACCCCGGUCAGCGCCCCACCAGACACCACGCUGCUGGGCAUCGCACUGGAGCUGGGGCUGCAGGUGAUGCGGAUGACUCUGAAUGUAAUGACGUGGCGGCGGAGGGAGAUGGUGCGCUGGCUGGUCAGCUGUGCCACAGAGAUUGGCCCGCAAGCCCUGAUGAAUAUCAUGCAGAACUGGUAUUCCUUAUUCACACCAGUGGAGGCGGCUACCAUCGUGGCAGUGACGGGCACCACACACGCCACUCUGCUGCGACUGCAGCUGGACACAUCGCGAAGGGAGGAGCUCUGGGCCUGCGCCCGCACCCUGGCCUUGCAGUGCGCGAUGAAGGACCCUCAGAACUGCGCCUUGCCUGCCCUGACCCUGUGCGAGAAGAACCACUCGGCCUUCGAGGCGGCCUACCAGAUAGUGCUGGACGCGGCGGCCGGCGGCCUGGGCCACGCCCACCUCUUCACUGUGGCCCGCUAUAUGGAGCACCGCGGGCUGCCGCUCCGGGCCUACAAGCUGGCGACGCUGGCCCUGGCGCAGCUCAGCAUCGCCUUCAACCAGGACAGCCACCCUGCCGUCAACGACGUGCUUUGGGCCUGCUCUCUCAGCCACUCCCUGGGCCGGCACGAGCUCUCUGCCAUCGUCCCCCUCAUCAUUCGCAGCAUCCACUGUGCCCCAAUGCUGUCCGAUAUUCUGCGCCGCUGGACUCUCUCGGCGCCCGGUCUGGGCCCCUUAGGGGUACGCCGGGCCGCCAAGCCACUGGGUGCCGACCGGGCGCCGCUCUGCCAGCUCCUGGACGCGGCAGUCACCGCCUACAUCACCACCAGCCACUCGCGCCUCACGCACAUCAGCCCGCGGCACUAUGGGGAUUUCAUCGAAUUCCUGGGCAAGGCCCGGGAGACCUUCCUGCUGGCGCCCGACGGGCACCUCCAGUUCGCACAGUUCUUGGAGAACCUCAAACAGACCUACAAGGGCAAGAAGAAACUCAUGCUUUUGGUGCGGGAGCGUUUUGGUUGAGGGACAGUGGGGUGCGUGGGAGUGGGGAUCCCCCUCGCCCCUGCGUCCCCCACCCUUGCUCUCCAAUUAGGCCCACGUGGCAUUUCAGUAUUAUUAAGUCAGGGAAGGAGCCCGGCUGGAGAUGGGGGCAGGGGAAGCAGCAUCCUGCCACGUGUGUGCCUGGGAGUCUGUGAGCAAGUGUGCAAGACUCCAGAAGCAGAAGCCAUACUGCCACCCAGAAGCCUGGAAGGGGGUGUGUGCUUGGGCUGCUGGUAUGACCCCACUUUGGGCACCCCAAAAGCAAUAGGCAAACUCCCCUUACCCAGACUGGCUUGGGCUCCAGGAGGGAGGCUGGGAGGCAGGACUUUCCAGAAAUCGGCCCUCUAAGUCAAUGUAGCACAUUUUGCCCCAACCCCACCCUGGGUGGCCAAGGGUCCUCCCCCACCCCCUACUGCUCAGGGCCCCCCAUUAUGCCACCUCCAAAGUGGCUGCCCAGCCAGGACCAUUGGCUCACCCCCACUGAAGGAAUUGAAGAGGCCUCAGGCCUCAGCCUCAUACCUCACCCCCUUAUCCUAUCCGGCCAGGACCCCCAUUUCCUUGGGCACUAGGGUCCCAGGGUGGGCUCAGGGUUGGAGAAGUCCUCGCUGCCCUCUCUUCUCACCUGCUAGUCACUGGACGUACAACUCAGGAACUGAGCGAGGCUCACACUGCCCCUUCCAACCUGGGGUUGGGGGACACAGACGCGAGAGAGCCGGAGACCCCCACCCCCAAUCUGGAAAGGAAAGAGACCUGUAUCUUGGUGUUUUUCUGGCUUUUUCACCCUUUCUCCUCCUGUCUUUCUGCUUCGCCCCUUCAUCUUACUCUGUUUCCACUUUUCCCGGCACUUACCUGCCUUUCUCUCUGCACCUAAGUCCCUGCCGCCCUCUCUCUUUGGCCAUCCUUCCUUUCCCCCACCUUGACCCAGGGAGGAGAAGGGAGAACAUCACCCCCCAAGUCACCCCCACAUCUUUUCCCUUCUUGUAUAUUAAGGACAAAAUACCACAUCAUUUUGUAACUUUUUUUCUAUUUAUUGAACGGUGUAUUACAUGUCCUUUUCCUUUUUUUUUUUUUCAAAGAUUGAACGAAAUUUUUCUUUUUAAUUUUAUUUUGAGACUGGGGUGCAUCUCCAGAGCCACUCACACCCUCAACCUCGUUUCCUCCGCGAAAAAAAAAAAAAAAAAAAAGUCUGGCCUUAUUUCUGGGUGCAGCGCCAAGCGAGGGGUGGGAUGGGAGCGACUGCUGGCUUCAUUCCAUGGUAAUUAUGUAAAUAUUUCCCUUUUUUUUUUUUUUUUUUUUUUUGGUCUUUCUCUGUUGCCCAGGCUGGAGUGCAGUAGCGCGAUCUGGGCUCACUCCAACCUCCACCUCCCGGGUUCAAGCGAUUCUCCUGGCUCAGCCUCCCAAGUAGCUGGGAUUACAGGCAUGCGCCACCACACCGGGCUAAUUUUUGUAUUUUUUAGUAGAGACGGGGUUUCACCAUGUUGGCCAGGCUGGUCUCGAACACCUGACCUCAGGUGAUCUGCCCGCCUCAGCCUCCCAAAGUGCUGGGAUUACAGGCGUGAGCCACCGCACCCGACCUUAUGUAAAUAUUUCAAAAGAGAUGGACAGCUCACCAUGAGGGAACACAGGGCCGAAUGUGUUACCGCUGUCAUUUAAUUGUCACCACAGCCCUAUGAGUUGGUAGGAUUAUCUUUUCCAUUUUACAGAUGAGAAAACUGAGGUUGCAAAGUGGAAAGAAAGGGCACCCAGCGGCCGGGCGCGGUGGCUCACGUCUGUAAUCCCAGCACUUUGGGAGGCCGAGGCGGGCGGAUCACGAGGUCAGAAGAUUGAGACCAUCCUGACUAACACGGUAAAACCCCGUCUCUACUAAAGAUAUAACAAAAAAUUAGCCAGGCGUGGUGACGGGCGCCUGUAGUCCCAGCUACUAGGGAGGCUGAGGCAGGAGAAUGGCGUGAACCCUGGAGGUGGAGCUUGCAGCGAGCCCAGAUCACCCCACUGCACUCCAGCCUGGGCGACAGAGCGAGACUCCGUGGGUGGGGGGCAGGGGGGAAGGGCACCCAGCUAGGACGUUUGAUUUAGGACCUGGUUGGGGCCACUGACCCCUGCCCACCCCUGACUGCAGGGUCCUUGAGCCCCUAGGAAGGGCCAAGAUGGGGGUGGGGGGCGCCCUGGCUCCAGACACCAAUGUUGGGGGUCCUUGUCUCCAAAUCGCUGAGCAUGGGAGGCUGUGGCAGGUGUUGGUGCAGCUGGAUGGGGAAGACACCCCGAUCAAAAGCGGGAACCCCGAGUUUAGACUCGACCUCGGUGGGCGGGGCUCUGGCCAAGAGAAGAAAAACGGAGUGUGCGUGGUCUGUGCGUGGACACUCGCCAGGGGACGUGGCCAGGGCGUGUCUGGGAUCUUGCGCCACUGAAGAGGCUCCCAGUCGUCAAAUAGAGUGAGGGAUCCAAAGGACGGCGAGAAAGCCCGUGGUUGUCUAAACGUCCCUGGCUCCCCGAGAAGCAGUUUCCUCGAGGCCUUCCUGCCUUUUGGAUGAAUGGAGAUGCUGUGUCUGGGUCACUGCCAGAGCCGGGGCAGGAGAGGACAGAGGCUUCCCGGAGUGGCGGGGCCCGCAGUCGGGGGCGGGACUUUGGCGGCGCUGUGCAUGGGGAUUGGCUUUUCGCACCGCCCCUCCGCUCGAAUGGGCCAAUCGGAGACGGCCCCACCUCCUGCCCCGCCGCGCGUAUUCCAGCAGGUAUGUGCGGGCGGACCCGGGACUGCCCCGCGCGCUCCGUGGCGCCGCCUCGAGGUCUGGGACGGUGGAGGUGGGUGGAGAGCCCGGAGUGCACCCCUUGUGGUCCCUGCCGCCUUCGGACCUGGGGGACCCUUUACUGUGCCCCUCAGGUGUCACCCACCAAUGUUCCCAUGUUCCUGGGGCGUCACGCAGGUCCCAGCCACAUCCAAAUGUCCCCCCUUAAGAACUGGGGUUUCCUUCAUGUCACAUCCCUCAAAUCCAAGUUCCCCUCCAGCAUUCUCAGAUACCAGGCACCCCAAAUGUUCCCCUGAGGCCUGAGUAAUCCCGUAGGUCCAAGUUGCCCCCAAAUGUCACUAGCUCAAGACCCUCAGAUCCUGGUUAUCGCCACAUGUCACCCCUCAGGCUCAGCGUUUCCCUCAGGGUCACCCCACCACCACCACUUCAGAUCAGCUUCCAUCCUCCCUUGAUCAGCGAUGUUAAAAUCUUUCCACUCUAGGGUUUCCCUCAUGGUCACCCCACGAUCCAGGACACCCCCAAGGUCACCUUUCCAAGCACAGGAUACCCUUGCUGCACAGAGCAGGUGGGGCAGGGAUGGGCAGGCAGGAGCCCGGAGUGCCAGGACGGUAAAUUCAGGCCAAUCAAAAGCUGAAACUCCAGCGAUGGGAGGCAGGAGUGAAUCACAGACCAGACCUUCAGGAAUGAAGUCAGGGCAACUUUUAUUUACUUGAACAACAGACAUGACACACAGCACGAUCUCUCCUCUCCAUCCCAUCCCAAGCUUCUGUCCACGACUACCCAGGGUGGGGAAAAAGGCAAUGGCCCAGCCCCGAUGACCUGGGGGACUUCAGUGUGCCUCCUCAGUCCCACCCAGAAAAAAGCCUCCUCCCAUCUGAUUUCAAGAUAGUGGAGAAAAGCCAGGCACGGUGGCUCACACCUGAGCCACCUGUCAUUCCGGCGCAUUGGGAGGCUAAGGUGGGAGGAUGGCUUGUGGCCAGGAGUUUGAGAACAGCCUGGGCAACAUAGUGAGGCCUGCCCCCCCAUCUCUACAAAAAUUAAAAUUAAAAAAAUUAGCCAGGUGUAGUGGCGCAUACCUGUAGUCCCAGCUCUACUGGGGAGGCUAAGGCAGGAGGAUCACUUGUGCCCAGGAAUUCAAGGUUGCAAUGAGCCAUGAUCACACCAGCCUGGCCAAGAUGGUGAAACCCCGUCUCUACUAAAAAUACAAAGAUUAGCCAGGCAUGGUGGUGGGUGCCUGUAAGCCCAGCUACUCAGGAGGCUGAGGCAGGAGAAUCGCUUGAACCCAGGAGGCAGAGGUUGCAGUGAGCCAAGAUCACACCACUGCACUUCAGCCUGGGCAACAGAGUGAGACUCCGUCUCAAAAACAAACAAUAAAAGGCCGGGCACGGUGGCUCACAGCUGUAAUCCCAGCACUUUGGGAGGCUAAGACGAGCAGAUUGCUUGAGGUCAGGAGUUCAAGACCAGCCUGGGUAACAUGGCAAAACCCCGUCUC